CAGUGAAGAAGAAGAAGAAGAAGAAGAAGACAGAACCAGGAUGUGCUGUUUUUGUUGUUAGUAACAGGCGCUGUUUCUAGAUUUGUGUCGUUUACGCUUUUAGUUUCUUUUUAUAUUCCUGACGUCUCUUGUUGAUAUAGGUGUUUAACUUUGUAAACUUCAGCUUACAGCAGUGACUCCUGUCAUUCACAGAGUUUUAACGUCCGGCUGUUGUUUGUUACCGUUUUACGCCGGAGCGGGAAGUUUGAAAGUGGCUAGCUGCUGUUAGCCUGCAUGCUAACGCUCAGCUGGUUAGGGCUGAAAUAAAAUGGCGUUAACCGGUAGGAUGUUUUCUUCUCCCACCGUUGCCUCGUAGUCUAUCUGGGAUAUGUUUGGUGGAGUCAGUCCGGAUCAGUCCUCAAGCAGCCCGAACACCGGGGACGUUUUAAUCCGCUCCACCCGUGUUCUCCUCUCGGACCGUAGACAUGAAGCUGCACCGAGACACGGAACGGUCCAGAUAACUGUCCAGAGGCUUCGGGACCCUCAGCCCGUCCAGUCCAGCGUGUCCGAGGAGCAGCGGCGGCCGAAGCCCAGACAGAAACCGGACACCGGUCCUCCUACGCAGAUAGCAGCAGACUGCCAGCCCGCAGGAAUCAGGUGGAUGCUGAAGAAACCGAGCAAAGAGAACCGACAGCCCACAGCGAGCCUUACAGCAGCACAGUCAAGCCCAAACAGGAAGCUCCCAGCUGGGGCACACAUGGAGCAACACCCUGGUAACGACCUGCUGACAUCACGUUUUUCUGCCGGAGGUCGAGGUGCUGUACUCGCUGCUCUGAAACAACGCUCCCACAGUGCCCCCCUCAGGAGGGAGGUUAAAGUGCAGCUGUUAGACCCAGGGCUGCUUCAGAGGAACCUACAGGAGACUCCUGGUCUGAGGACCAGUUCCCAGGAUGCACUAGGUAUAGUGGGGGUCCAGGAGGUGGGUCUGUCCCCUGGUUGCCAUGGAGACAACAACAACGACUCAGUGGCUGCAGUUGCAGCUGUGACUGCAGCUCCUCUCAUCAAGGUUCAGUCAGACAUGGAGGCCCGAGUGUCUCAGCUGAUCGACGGCGUCAACCAGCUCCUGCAGGCCAACAGGGAGGGUGGAGACAGGGGGCAAAGCCUGAGCCAGCAGACGCUGCGGCACCUGGAGACACUGCACAGCCAACAGCUGCAGCUGCAGAGCCAGCUGCUGGAGUCAGCCCUCAGGAUAGUGACAGGCCACACCUCUGUGACCUCCACAACCUCUGGCCUCACAGCCUCUGAUCAGCCAGCCCGUCUGCAGGUCACACACCUGGACACAGAAGCAGAUGUUCUUGGCAGUGAGCGGCAAAGCUACUCGGCAACCAGAGCCUCUGCUGCCAUGGAGACUGGCCCGGUUGCCAUGGCAGCACCCCAUUGUGACCGACAGCCAGAGCAAACCAGGGUCCAGUAUCAAGACUCUUGCACUGUUUCCAUGGCAACACUGCCAUCUGAAGGAACUCGCCUGCAGUCUUCAGCCAGUGAGAGCCAGGUGGCAGCAAGACGGGCCAACGAUGUGCUGAGGGAGAUGGGGAGUCUGAGGAGAGAGAUGGAGAUGCUGCUGACACCAGAAAACUCUCUGAAAACCACUAAGCCUCCAUCAGACCACCUCCAGUCCCAGCACAAGCAGCCCCAACAGACCCAGUCCCACUCUCAGCAAAUGCAGUCCCUACAAUCAACAUCCAAAAAAACCCAGUCACAGUCCCACCAAGGCCAGUCCCAUCAAACCAAAUCCAAGCUAUCCCAGUCCCAACAAAACUACUCCCCUCAGUAUCAGUCCCAACCAUAUCAGUUUCAACACCAACCAUCCGAAACCCACAACAAACAUUCUCAAUCCCCAAAAGCCCAGCCCCAUCAAAGCCUGUUCCAGGAAACCCAUCCAACCCAGUUCAAGCAGUCCCAGGCCAUGCUGGUCCAGAGGACACCUGUGGUUCCAUCCUUGUUGGAGGAGGCAGGCCGGGCUCUUCGUCAGGUUCAGAGACAGAAGAAGGUUCUGGAGGAGAACCUGGAGGUUCUGCUGAGAGCCAAGACCGGAGAGGUCCUACACUGCCAACUGGAGGCUCUGGCUGCUAACAGAGACUGGACAGACGAGGUUCGGAUCAAGAAGACCGUGGACGCCUGGAUCAGUGCCUUAACUGAAGACAUCCAUGCUGAGAUAUCCUCGGAGGAUGCUGCAGUGACAUCACAACAGAGGGCUGCUGGGAGCUCCGCCCACUCAGGCAGGAGGAGGAGGCCAGUGAGCACGGUCGGAGGAACAGGAAGUAAGACAGUGGCGGGGAGAGGAAGCAGAGGACUGACAGCUGGACACAGAGUGUCCCUUGGAGUGGAGCCUAACAGAGCACCAGGUGUGCUGGCAGACAGUGACCGGGUGGCAGGAGAGACGUACCUGACUUGUCUGUAUGGCAGAGCUCCGUACGAAGGUCUGAGACGAACCCUGAAGAAGAGUCCAUACCUUCGCUUCAGCUCUCCCGCCUCACCCCUCAGAAGGAAGCCCCGCCCUCGCCUGGUGGAGCGCAUCAGAGGUGUGAAGGUGAAGUCCUGUAAGACUCAGACGUGCUUGGCUCCGCCCCUCAGCCCAUCACCUGUACAACCUCAUCAGUACACCUUUAGCUCUGUCCACACGACCUCUGUUCCCAUGGCAAUCCCACUGCGUCGUCCCAGGAUUAACUCUUCCUCCCGGUGUCUUCUCACUGAGCAUCAACAGGAAGUUACAUCACCACAUGUAGCUCCUCCCACAGCUGCUGUGGCCACACAGAGGACGGAGCAGCUGGAUGCAGGCGAAGCUCCUCCUCCUCCAUCGCACACUGUCUACAUUAUCGAGAGAAAGAGUGAGGAAGACGAAGAUGAAGAGAAUGUCUUCCCUGGAACUGACUUCCUGUCUGUCGCUGAUGUUGUCCAGGAGGAGCUGAGUGUGGUGGGUGAGGACGCUGUGGAGUUGGAUGGAGGUCCGUCUCCCCCACCAAUCCCCUACCAGGGUCCAGUCUUCCCUCCACAGGCCCACAGUGCCCUCCCUGCCCAGGAUCAGACCUCCAUCCUGGUCCUGGACCAGCAGAGGGAUGCCUUGCAGAACCGUCUGGUGGAAUGGGUGGAGCAGCAGCUGAUGUCCAGGAUGAUCUCAGAGAUGUACCACCCCACCCUCUGCGACCCCGCCCAGAACGUCUCCAAUGACCUGUCAGAGUCUCAGGAGCAGAGCAUCACCUCAGAUAUUGUGGAAGCAGCAGGAGGUGGAGGUCUGCAGCUGUUUGUAGACUCCAGCGUGCUGGUGGACUCAGGCCUGAUCAGACAGCUGGUCCAUGAGGUUCUGACAGAGAUCAUUGCUCUGAUUCUGGGACAGAGAGACGCACUGGAUACAGGACCAGAACCAGGACCAGCGGCACGUCAAGAGGACAAACUGGUUCCACUGGUCCCCACACCAGUACCCACUCCUCCACCCAGUCCAACCCCACCCAGUAGGGAGACCACACCCGUGACCACACCUCCUCCAUCUGAUCCAGUCAUCCUGCAGAAUGAGGAGCCUCCCCAGCCAAUCACAGCUCCAGAGCUUGUAGCCACGCCCACAUCCACUCCAGAGCCCGCCUCAGCAGAUAGUCCACCUGCCGCUUCUCAAAGCCUGCCCCUUCUGACAUGGGGAGAUGCUGAGCUGCCAUUGGACGAGGAGAGACCAGAGGAACCCCCAGAUACACACAGACAACCACUGCUGAUGUCAGUAGCAGAGGAGGAGCCUCCCCUCUCCUCCCCUGUUACUCCUCUUCCCUUCCAGACCCCUGCUCCUUCCCUGUCACCUCCUGCCCCUGUCCCUGACCCUGACCCCAGACCAGCGUCCCCCUCCAGCUCCUCAGAGAACUCCAGCUCCAGUAGCUCCAGUAGCUCCAGUAGCAGCAGUACAAUAACAGCAGGAACCGAUGCAGCCCUGAAACACAUCUCAGAGGGAGAACUGCUCAUCAGUGUCAACCAUCUGACUCCCUUGACAGGUCUGCAUGUGUCCGAGGAGGAGGCCAUCUGCAGUUUCUCCAGCUCUCUGCAGGAGCUGCAGGACGUGGACUUUGACCCCCCCAGUGAAGGACAGGUCACAGAUCACAAACUCUUGCUGACCAAUAUGGAGCAGGAAGUCUCAGACCGAGAAGAGGUUGUUCCCAUCCUGGUCCCACAGCACAACACACAAACAGCCAGACGUCAGGAGGAGGAGGGAGGAGCCAGGAGGAUGGAUGUUCACCUGCCCUCCAACAGGCCGGAGGAGGACUUGCUCAGUGUGGCAGCAGAUACGGAUUCGUCCACCAACUAGGUUUUCUAAACAGGAAGAGAGCAUGAGGACCGACCUGCCUGUACCUUCGUUCGUCAUCCAUCCACCCAGUUGCACUCUGGGAGAUUUAAUUAAAGUAACAAUCUGAAACCAGACUAGUUUUGUUGCUGCUGAUUAUUUC